CCGCUGGCAGCCAAGGACCUAACAGACAGUCAUCCAAAACAAUGAUCAAACUAUAAAUCAGUUUGCCAUCAGAAACCUUAAAAAGAAGAAAUAAUCUGCAAAUAUAUCUCACACAUCAGAUUAAAAUCGUAGCAGCCAUGUUGUCGGUCUAUGUGGCUUUUCUGUUUCUCUGCACUGCCCACCUGCCACUAGACUCUUCCGCCCUUCCCUUCGAGCAGAAAGGAUUCUGGGACUUUGGCAAGGACAUUGAUGUGAAAGAGCUGAUGAUGAUGAUGAAGGACCAGGAAGAGGGGUCAGCUGUGGAUCCAUACCAACCGGAACAUCCCACAUGUCCAUUUGGCUGUCGGUGCGACCUCAGAGUCGUACAGUGCUCGGAUUUAGGUUUAGGUUACGUGCCAUAUGAUAUUCCUAAAGACACACUGCUGUUGGACCUGCAGAGCAACAGGAUCACAGAGAUCAGGGAGGGAGACUUUAAAGGAAUGACCAACCUCUAUGCCCUGGUGUUAAGAUAUAACCAGAUCUCCAAAGUUCAUCCCAAGGCAUUCCUUCCUUUGAAGCGUUUGCAGAAGUUAUACAUCUCACACAACCUUCUGACUUCCAUCCCCAAAAACCUGCCUCCAUCCCUUGUAGAGCUGCGUAUCCAUGACAAUCACAUCAAGAAGGUGCCGGCAUAUAGCUUCUCAGGCCUCCACAACAUGCAUGUCAUUGAAAUGGGUCGUAAUCCGCUUCAGAACAGUGGCUUCGAACCUGGAGCAUUUAUGGGCGUUAAACUGAACUACUUGCGCAUUUCUGAAGCCAAGCUCACUGGAAUUCCCAAAGACCUUCCCAGUAGUCUCAAUGAGCUUCAUUUGGACAGUAAUCAGAUUCAGGCCAUUGAGAUGGUGGAUCUCAGCCAGUACACCCAGCUGCAGAGGUUGGGACUCGGCAGUAACCAGAUUCGCCACAUUGAGCACGGUGCUUUAUCUUACCUCACCGACCUGAGAGAGCUGCACCUUGACAACAACCGUCUGUCCAGUGUGCCCAGCGGACUGCCUCAUUUGAAGUAUCUGCAGGUUGUCUACCUCCAUUCAAACAACAUCACUAAUGUUGGAGUGGAUGACUUCUGCCCUACGGGUUUCGGAGUGAAGAGGGUGUUCUACAAUGGUAUCAGCCUCUUUGACAACCCAAUCAGGUAUUGGGAGGUGCAGCCUGCUACGUUCCGCUGUGUCAGUGACCAAAUGGCUGUACAGUUUGGCAACCACAAGAAAUAAAAUAAAAAUGCACAAAACCAAUCCAGGAGGAGAACAAGAGGAAAACGCCCAUAAUUUGUGUAAAUCAAGAUAUUUGAGUGAAGAAGAUAAAUAAACAUUUUCAUGGAGGCAUAAUUAAGAAGAAACAUGGACUCCAUUUAAACCGAAGUCAAAGUCCGGUCUAUUUAAAACUGAAUAUUGAUGUGUGUAAUUCCCUGCUGACAUUAAUGAAUAUAUACUCCACAAAAUGCCUUUUUGUUUAAUUUAGUUGACAUACAGCAUUGAUGAUUCCUUGAGAUGUCUAUCAACAGCUUCAUUUGCUUAGUUUUCAUGGGUUGCAUCUUUAAAUAAUGAGAUAAAUUCACAGUUUGUCAUUCUGGACGGCUGAUUGUCACUCAUUCAUCAUGGUAAUACUGUAA